AUGGGAAGCGAUCGAAAAUCAAAGAGAACAGCUUAUUCUUCACAAUCCGAAUCUGAAGAUGAGAAGAAACACAAGAGGAAGAGAACGGUAGAUGAUGAGGAAAGGAAGAGCAGGAAGAGGGAAAAGAAAGACAAAAGGAAGGACAAGAAACAUUCCAAAGAUAAAUCUGAUAAGGAGAAGAAAUCAAAAGACAAGCACAAAAGUAAACGCAGCAAAGGUGAAGGCAAUAUGGAUUUUCAAGAAUUGUCCAGUGAUGACUAUUUUGCUAAGAAUAAUGAGUUUGCUACCUGGCUGAAAGAAGAGAAGAAUGUGUUUUUCUCUGAUCUGUUAUCAGAGUCAGCGCGUGAGUUGUUUGCAGAAUUUGUGAAAGCUUGGAAUAGAGGAAAGCUUGAAUCGAAUUACUAUGAAGGCAUUGCAACUGCGCCUCGCUCAUCCCAUAACUGGAAAAUCAAAAAGUAG